CACACACACACACACAUAUUUUACAUACAGUAAAGGGCAGGCCGAGUACCACACAAAACACGCCAAGAUGAACCGCAUCGAUACUACCAUGGAUGACAUGGCCAACACCAAGUUCCUGACGGUCUACAGCAGUCUGAUCAAACAGUUUACCGCGUCAACGGACUUUACCAACACCGAAGUUGUAUGUCUUCUAAUAAUCUACUACAAGUUCGUGCAGGUCAAUGGGCCAACCGCCAAGCAGAUGAAAAAGAAGCAGAUGUACAAUUUAUUUCUUGUGCUGUUUCGCAUCUACGAUAUGACGAUUAUCGAGCGCAUUCUGUUGAAUAUAACAGCUGAUGUAGUGUACAUUAGUCCAGAGGCCUGGAUGAAGUUAUUUUCCGUGUUCCUAAGCAAGAACUUGGAUGAACGCAUUCAGUUUGCCUACAAGGUCUAUACUACCUCCACGUCUGGCGUACUGAAUCGUGAAACUGUCGGCAUGGCAAUCGACAAUUUCUUUGUAGGCGAAGAUGACGAUGAAGUCAAGGAAUUGCAGGCGGAUAUGCUCGAGUAUAUAUUCAACAAGUUUGAUAUGGACAAGGAUGGUAUUAUCUCAUAUGAGGAAUAUUAUGAGAUUGUCAGUAAUCAGCCGGUUCUCUUGGAGUUUCUCGGACAGAUUUUUCCAGACCUGUCCGACAUGACUGUUAUUGCAUAUUGCACAAACAUGUCCACGCUCUUUCCUGAAGAAGACUAAUUAUCUUAACUAUUAUCUUAAUUUCUCAAAUUUUAAUGUACUUCCAUGCAUCUGCAUAUACGCUAGCACAUAGAUGUAGCCAAUGUUGAUUCUAAAGAAUCGGGCAACUCUUAGGAAUCAACAGAGACUAAAAUURUCCUAACUAGGAUAGAGAAUGUUAGGUAAGCAAAAAUAAGAAGA